CUCCCUUCUUCCGACGGAGGCGCUCUGCCCAUGCUCAGAGGCACGCUCGCCCGCUUGCCCAAAAUGGCCGAGGGUGGCAGCGCAGGGGCCACGGCCGAACUUUCUCCAUGAGGAGGGGUAGAAGAUGCCGGCUUUGCCCGCGCUGCUGCUGCUGCUGAUUCUCGCCUUGGCCCACAAGAGCCUCGAGGUGCUCUCCUCCCUCCGCAUGGCUGCCAUCUUGGAUGACCAGACUGUCUGCGGCCGCGGGGAGCGCCUGGCCCUGGCCUUGGCCCGGGAGCACAUCAACAGCAUCAUCGAGGUGCCGGCCAAAGCGCGGGUGGAGGUCGAGAUCUUUGAGCUCCAGCAGGACAGCCAGUACGAGACCACCGACACCAUGUGCCAGAUCUUGCCCAAAGGCGUGGUCUCGGUCCUGGGUCCGGCGUCCAGCCCGGCCUCGGCCUCCAUCGUCAGCCACAUCUGCGGAGAGAAAGAGAUCCCGCACGUGAAGGUGGGCCCCGAGGAGACCCCCAAGCUGCAGUACCUGCGCUUCGCCUCGGUCAGCCUGUACCCCAGCAACGAGGACGUCAGCCUGGCUGUCUCCCGCAUCCUCAAGUCCUUCAACUACCCCUCCGCCAGCCUCAUCUGCGCCAAGGGGCCUUUGGGGCACAUUGGGGAGAAGGAGGAAAAGAGGGAGAUGCUGCCAAGACGAAUGGGUCAAUUUCGGGAUGCCCCGGCCAUGACUUCACGCUUGUUGUGA